UGUGUGACGUUUUAAGAGGGGGAGUUGGCGAGCUUGCAGCUAGUCAGCCAGCCAAAGCUGGAUUUCGUUGCAAACGACAACCAUUCAUUGAGCCUCUACCGAAGCGCACGGUGUAGUUUUGUCCACUGGACUGAUCAGCGAUGUUUCUCUGCAGAACGGCCUGGCAAAGACUUGGGCCUUUGGCAAGGAAGACAGUCACACCAUUAUCCAAAAAUGUGGUUCCAGUGCGGUCCAUGUCCUUCGGCAUACCCGGGGGCUCCGGGCAGAACAUCGUGUACUACAUCAUCGGCGGAGGCUCCCUCACCGCCGCCGCAGUAUAUGCCUACAGGACCAUAAGCGGCAAGGAGAAGGUGGCAGAAGUCAGCAGUCCAGCAGAACCCAGUGCAGCAGAGGGGUCGACGGUCGUUGAGGCGGUGGUUGUUGAAGAAGCGGCGGCAGCUCCGGCCGAGGCUGCUCCCGUGGAGACCGUUGCCGCGGAAGCAGCGCCUGCAGAGGCCGCUCCAGCGGAGGCCGCGGUUGCCGAGGCCGCUCCCGCGGAAACGGUCGUCGCCGAGGCGGCUCCCGCUGAGGCCGCCGCCCCCGUCGAGGCGGCGCCUGCGGAGGCCGCUCCAGCGGCCGUGGAGGAGGCGGCUCCUGCCGUCGCUGAGGCAGCACCUCCUGCUGCAGAGGAGGCGGCGCCAGCUGUUGCCGAGGCGACCCCCGCUGUGGCGGAGGAGGUGGCUCCAGCAGAGGCGGCGGUUGCCGAGGCGACCCCCGCGGUCGAGGCUGUGGCGGUAGCAGAGGCUCCCGCGGCGGACGCGGCGCCGGCCCCCGCUGAAGAGGCGGCCCCCGCCCCGGCAGAGACCACCGGUACAGCCCCUGAGCCGGCGCCAGAGGCCGCGACAGAGGCCCCCGCCGCCUAGGGCCCAGGGUCAGAGUUCAGAGUUCACAGCGAUACAGAAGAGGCACACACCCCACCCCGCCACCCCCUCCCCCAGCCCAUGUAACAUUUUACAAUAAGUUGCAGAGGUUAACCAGUACUAUGCACCCUUAGUUUAGGGCUCCACUCAUUCCUGUUCUGAACAGACCUCCUGAAAGCCCCUUUACUCUACAUUUAUACGGUUGUUUAAGUAGGAGAUCCAAAACUGUUGAAAGUGGGUUUAGUGCAAUGCGGUGUAGGCAGUUGUGUUAUUUUUCCUCCCAAACUGGUUGUUUCAAGUACAGUUUGAAGUAUUACUCCGUGGCCUGGGAAUUUUAAAUUGUUUCAAAAUUUUUGAAAAUUUUGAUAGGCGGCCUUGUAUAGAGGGACACGUUAAAAUUUGGGGGUAAGAUUUCCAUGAUUGCUGAAAUUACAACCUUGACCUCACUCUUCUGAGGAGAGAACGGGUUUGCACACCAUCCGGGCAUGUUGAGCGUGCUUCAACCUCUUUUCUGAUAAAUGCAAAAACAAAUAAAUAAAUCCACAAAGAUAAAAAUUGUCCUCAGGCUUUCUUGCAGGUUAUGGUAAUGAACACUACACUUACAGAACAUUGGAGACUGUUCCUUAAUACUCUGCAGAAUCUUAUUGUGAAAUGUGACCAAAACCUGUCAGUUACUCCAGAUUCCUCCUCCUCCUCCUCCUACAAACUGUUGCUCAACCCUCAGCAGCUGUUUACAGACCUGAGCCAAUCUACCUUCAUGAGAACCCAAUAGAGAACACUCAAACCUUACCAGCCUUACCACCUCAGAAGCCAAACGCUGCACCUGCAGUCAUGAGGUUCUUCUGACUGUUCAGUAUUUCUGUCUACAACCAGCCACUGAUACUCUACCAGCCGCUUCUCCACUCUCCUCCACCGCCCGCUCCGGUUAGGCCUUAAAAUUGUGCUUCUCUGCCGUACUCCAUGCCCACUGCAUCCAUCCAUGUUGGUAGAGCCGUGUGAUUUGUCAUUUUCGUUAAAUCUUUAGAUAACCCGCUGAGGCUGAGUUUUUUUUCUUCCAUGCGCUAAGAACUGUUACGGUGUAGUUUUUACUUGUAACUGUGAAACUCAUGCAAAGGGGACAUUGCAUUUAAAAACCCACGCAGUAUCACUUUAAUGUAUUUUGUAUCAUAGUUGACGUUGCUACCUUGGCCAGCUAUAACGUUUAAUUGUGGAAUAAGGGAGUUCAAGCCACUUAACGGCUAUGAUGACACUGUUUGCUGUCUUUAAUCUUUCAUAAUUGUGGGUCUCUUUUGGGUAUAUGGAUGCAUUCCCUCUUUGCCUGUUUGCAUUUUAAUGAUUAGGUGACAGAAGUGUUUCCUGUUUGGAAUUAUUGAAAUCUGAUUGUAUGAGAACCUGAUCAAUGAAUCAAUGUUCAAAAUGUGUGAUGAGCUUUGGUUCAAGAAAUGGAAAUUAAAAAGCACCUUCUCAGCA